AUGCCUACCACAAAUGACCAAGAUGGACGGAUGAGGAAAUUCAAAAACAAAGGCAAAAAUUUUGCAGAAAUCCGGAGGCGAAAAAUUGAGGUGAAAGUUGAGCUUCGCAAAGCAAGGAAAGACGAACAGAUUUUGAAGCGAAGGAACAUCUGCUUUUUGGCAGAAGCCAGCCUAUCUCCCGAGAAAGACGAGAAGAACGUGGUUACUCAGGUCUCUUUGAUAGAUAUAGUUGAGCUGAUCAAUUCAGAUGACCUUUUUCUUCAGCACAAGGCGGCCCAGGCAAUCAGGAAGAUGCUGUCCAAGCAGAAGAAUCCACCGAUCAAUCAAGUCAUUGAAUCUGGAAUCAUUCCUAAACUGGUGGAGUUCUUGUAUUUUCACGAUACUCCCAAUGUGCAGUUUGAGGCUGCUUGGGCGCUCACCAACAUUGCUUCAGGAAGCUCAAAGCAAACCAAAGCUGUGGUCGACGCCAAUGGCAUCCAGGGCUUGGUGGUUCUGUUGUCUUCGCCACACAUCCAUAUCUGUGAGCAAUCGGUGUGGGCCCUGGGCAAUAUUGCCGGAGAUGGACCGAUCUGCCGGGAUACUUUGAUCAGCUUUGGUGUGAUUCCACCAAUCCUGUCCCUGGUGAUGCCUUCGACCCCGGUGGGCUUCCUGAGGAAUAUCACCUGGACCCUGUCCAAUCUCUGCAGAAACAAGAACCCUCACCCUCCCCUUGACGCUGUGAAGCAGGUGCUUCCCGCCCUCACUUGUCUCCUGCAACAUAAGGACAAGGACAUUAUCUCUGACACUUGUUGGGCGAUGUCCUACUUGACCGAUGGCUCCAACAAUCGCAUCCAGCUGGUGGUGGAGACCGGGGUCCUCUCUCGGCUGGUAGAGCUUCUGUACAGCACCGACCUGCCCAUUCUGACCCCAGCUCUACGUGCUUUAGGCAACGUGGUCACCGGGACAGAUGAACAGACCCAGAUGGCCAUCGAUGCGGGCAUCCUGUCCGUCCUGCCGCAGCUCUUGCGUCAUCCCAAGUCAUCGGUCCAGAAGGAGGCAGCGUGGGCUUUGAGCAACAUUGCGGCUGGCCCCUGCAGCCAAAUCCAACAACUUAUCACCUGUGGGCUCCUCCCUCCUCUGGUGGAGUUGCUGGCCAAGGGAGACUACAAAGCCCAAAAGGAAGGUGUUUGGGCUGUGGCCAAUUUCACGACGGGCGGCACGGUACAGCAAGUGGUGGCGAUGAUCCGGGCCGGAGUCCUGAAGCCUUUGCUCAACCUGUUGUCCAUCAAGGAUAGUAACACCAUUCUUGUGGUCUUGGACAGUCUCGGCAACUUCUUCCGGACAGCUGAGAAGCUGGGUGAGACAGAAAAAUUGGGCCUUCUGGUUGAGGAGCUGGAAGGUGUGGAGAAGAUCGAAGCUCUCCAGACUCACGAGAACAACUUGAUCUAUCGUGCUGCCCUAGCCCUCAUUGAGAAAUAUUUUUCUGGAGAGGAAGCUGAAGACAUAAAGCCGGAAAAUGAAGAGAAGAAAACGCUGCCUUUUGUGGCCGAACAGCAGGACCUUUUCAACUUCUGA